CGAAGAGAGAGAGAGAGGACGGGUGGUCAGAGCGUAUAGCUCACCACUGCUGCUCGGUAUUUUUAGUGCGACGAGAGUAUUUGGCGGGGCGCACCGAUUCGCCUCCUCGUCUUCGUGAACGGUCGACGUCGGCCGUCGUCUCCGUGACCGCCGUUGUGGUCGUGCCUCUUUAGUGCCUUCGUCGGCGUCUCUGUUGCGCGAUCGAUGAUGCCCGCACCUCCGGCCGAGUGAUGAACCUGGGGCCAGGAGCGCGUCCUCACUCCCCGCCAUCGUCGUAUCUCCAUCGAUUUCAUCUUCCGUAUCACGAGAUCGCCCUCUUCUUCUUCUUUAUCUACGCGUGUGACGUGUGAUCCGCAUCAGCGUGGCUGUGAGUCCAUGUCGUUUCGCCAUUGUCCCCUGUGCCACUCGGGGACACCUUACUCUCUCGCAUGUGUCACGCUGAGCACACCAGGCAAGGUCUAGCGGGACGACCUUGAGGUUGUGUUCUAGCCAGAAUUCGAGGAGUCGUUUCGUUGGAGAGUUUCGUAGAAAUCGCGUGGAAAUCUACCGACGUGUACCAGCGCCUACGAAUGAAUUGCUGAGGUGGAAAAACAAACAGGAUUACCGAGAAGCGGCAACGUGGAAUUCCGAAUCUCGAUCGUUGGACGAAUCUUCUAGUUGAUCCGAGGUUGCUCAAUCGAGAUUGGGUUUCUGAUCGUGUCGGGGGACCUGGUGAACCGCGUGGUCUCGACACUGCAUCCCGAUGUUCAUCUUCGCGCCACGCGACAACAUGUCGACGUCUCGUCAAGGUUCGACGGGCCGGCGAAGUCGGUACGCGCGCUCGUCCACGACCACCAGCGUCACUCAGUUGCUGAGUGACUCGUGCUCGAAUCUUCUGCAACGGUUGACCACUAGGGUACGCGGUAUGUCGACGGUGAACGACAAUGUUGCGAACAAACCGUCGAUUAACAGACGCUCGCCAAUCGUUAGCCAACUGAACAGCGCUAGAGCACGCUUGGAAGACAAGUACUGUACCAUCCUGGACAAGUAUUCGAGGAAAAAGCACCACGACCAGACGGACCAUCCGUCCAUUGACUAUGGACGCAAUCGAGAACGAGAUCGCACCUAUUAUCGUCGCGAGGAUAGCCCGUUUGUUCGCGACGAGAAGACCCUAGAGCCUUCGAUGACUCGUACCGUGAUCAAGAGCCCAACCAGCGUGGUGCUGUCCGAGAAAGCUUACCCUUACGUCAAGUCCUCCACCGUGAAGGAGUUCAAGCGCGAUAAGACACCAGCCUAUCACCGCACUGACAAACACGCUUUGCUCAACUCGGACUCGUAUCGAAGGUACGGAAGACACAAGUCUGGCCACGCAGAGACUCGUACCCGGAAAGUGAGACCGUAUCGGAACGGGAAGAGCGAACAAUUGGAGUCCUCGUCUACUGCUCUUCGAUUAGCCCGACCAACGAAGGUAGACUCUUCGAGUACUAAAGAUACGAACAACGAAGACCCUGACAAGACACCGACCGGCAGCGUGACCAGGGACAACAUCGCGAACGACAGCACGGUUGUCACGACUGUCGAGGCUGUCGAGUCUGAGGACAGUGAUCCAGUGAUCUCCGAGAGAGCGGCGAAACGCAAAGAGAUCCAAGGUUUGAUCUUGAAGUAUGCAGCCAUGGAAGAGACGUAUGCUCAGCUGGCGGCCGGAGGCCAGGUGAAGAUGAGGCCCAGCACCACGGACAUAAUCGCCAGGAAGUAUAGGAAAAGCACCCGUCAGAGCGAGCGAAAAGACGCGUCGAAGAACGCAAUGGCCGCGAGUGUCGUUAACAACCACGCGGACACGGUUCAGAGGUGGACGAAAGCGUUGUUCUGUUCAGCCCAGAAAGCCCUCUCGAACGUCGUGACGCGUUCAUUUGGCGCAAUCACCCCACGACCGCCCUCCGUCGAGGACGACGAAGACGGCCACCUUGUUUACCAAUCCGGCGACAUCCUGGCAAAUAGAUAUAAAGUACUGGCCACCCUAGGAGAGGGUACUUUUGGAAAAGUUGUCAAGGUUAAGGACUUGCAAAUGGAUCACGUGAUGGCGCUGAAAAUCAUCAAGAACGUAGAGAAGUAUAGGGAAGCAGCGAAGCUCGAAAUAAACGCCUUAGAGAAAAUUGCGAUCAAGGAUCCGGAAGGCCAACACUUGUGCGUGAAAAUGCUCGACUGGUUCAAUUAUCACGGACACAUGUGCAUCGCCUUCGAGAUGCUUGGACUUAGCGUAUUUGAUUUCUUGAGAGAUAACAGUUACCAGCCUUAUCCAUUGGAACAUGUCAGGCAUAUUGGAUACCAACUAUGCUAUGCUGUUAAAUUCUUACACGAUAAUAAACUUACGCACACUGAUUUGAAGCCGGAAAAUAUAUUAUUUGUAGAUUCCGAUUAUGAAAGCAUAUAUAGUAGCAAAAAGCGAAGGGACAUUAGGCGUGUAAAGCGAACAGACAUUAGACUCAUUGAUUUUGGUAGUGCCACAUUUGACCACGAACAUCACAGCACGAUCGUUAGCACAAGACAUUAUAGAGCGCCUGAAGUAAUUUUAGAAUUAGGAUGGUCUCAGCCUUGUGAUGUAUGGUCAAUUGGCUGCAUCCUCUUUGAAUUGUACCUGGGUAUUACUUUAUUCCAAACACACGACAACCGCGAACACUUAGCGAUGAUGGAACGUAUACUUGGCACGAUUCCACAUCGUAUGGCUCGUAAGACUAAAACUAAGUACUUCUAUCAUGGCAAAUUAGAUUGCGAUGAGAAAAGCUCAGCCGGCAGAUACGUUCGAGAAAAUUGCAAACCUUUACAUCGCUCUAUGCUUUCGGACGAUGAAGAGCAUCGACAAUUGUUCGAUCUUAUCCAAAAAAUGUUAGAAUAUGAACCAUCUCAGAGGAUAACACUGAAAGACGCUUUGACACAUCCCUUCUUUGAUGCGUUACCUGCACAUCAAAGAUUACCAGAUCUUAGAGCAGCUGGUGAUUCUCAACAAAGUCAUGAACGAUCGCACUCUCUUUCACGAUGAAGCUAGGAAAGGGACCGACCUCCGUACUGGACAGACACUCCACUGUCUACGACGCUACUGCCCUACGUCACUAUUUUCACACCCUUAAGUCUAACAAGACUGUAUAGUUCCGGCAAUAACAAGAUUCGAUGACGUAAGUCGAUACCUAAAUAAAUGAAGUUAGGUGAAUAGAUUAAGAAAGGAAGAAAAAAGGUUCGAAAUUUUAAUAACAAAUAUGAUAAAAUUUGUCAACAACGAUCGAUGAUAUUGAUUAAAUCAUAAAUCGUAUUGUUUAUUAACGACGUAAAAUAAAAGAAAAAGCAGUAGUGAAAUGGUGCUGUGGAACUCGGAUUCGAUAUAAUUUAUGAUAGAUCAUCAAGAAUCUUUGGAUAAAACUACACGAAGUCAACAUUCUUAUCUCCAUUUACGAGACAUUAAAAUUGGUAGAUAACCACUUAAAUCACUUGAUAUGAUCCCUGUUACUGGUUCGUAAAAGAACCAGUGUGUCUGCUCAGUGUAGCGUAACAGCGUCCCACCACUGUAAACAUUUUCUAAACGCUCUUCUGUACAUUUUAUCCUUUAAUUUUAUUACAAUGUUAUGCAACAAAGUUUGGAGUAAAGGGUCGCAGUUUAUACUCUGUUUGUUAUAGAUUGAUGACCAUGGCGUGUUUAGUAGUAAGAAUCAGAUUUAACGUUAAGGGACAAGUAAAUAUAUGCGUACGUGUUGACAUUAAUUAAGAUUAACAAAGAAGAGAAAGUGAAAGCGAGAAAGGAAGGGAGUGAGUGAGAGAUAAAUUCAGUGAACGCCAAUUCAUUGUCGUAAAAUACACAUGUUAAUGUUUUCAGAGACCAUAAGGAUAUAACAUACGAUUUACUUCAGAAAAUGUUAAUUUUUUCGGUACUUUCGAAUAAAGCUAACGAAGUUGUUCCAUUUUUUUCUUUCUUUUUCUGUCAGUGUAUAUCUAAAUUUUAUUACAUUGUCUUAUAAUGUUGCAGACAAUCAUGUGUAUUUUAAGUUAUGUCAAUCCUUAUGAAAACGAUUAGAAAGCUCAGGCGAAUCGAUUGUUUUCUAAAAACACCCAAUACUGAGAGUUCUACGCGUGCAUCGUAUAUCUUUAAAAAAAGAAACGCGAGCUUACGUACAUAAGAAUGCCUCUGCUUUUAUUUUGUUUAAUAGAGGAAUGAAUUCUUAAAAAUUACGAAGCUCUUACCACUCAUGUACGUCUUGUUUGCCUCUUUUAGUUCUUAUACAUACGACAUGACGGAAGUUUUACAACAUCCUGCUGCUCGUACAAAAAAAAAAAGAAAUAUGUCUGAGCACUGCGAAAAAAUGCUGUUUCGAGUAGCAAUAAAAACACAUUUCUUUCAAAUAA